AUGACCACAGACCUAUCAUGUGAGGACACUGAUGAGUGUGACCGGGGGCAUAGGGAGGCACAGGCCUUUUCCACUGUGUAUAGAGCCCAGAGAGAGCAGGCAGGAAGGCAGUGGGGCUGCCUGCUGCUGGAUCAGCACUCUGCAUUCCUGACCCAGUGCCAGGCAGAGGACGCUCAGCCCUUUGGCCUGUGCUCUGCUGUUGUGGAGGUUGUGGCUGAGUCUGCCAUGUGCCAAGACCUGCUGCUAAUGUGUACAAAGCAGAAUAAGUUGUUCCUCAACGUUCAGAUCAAUGGGAAUGGCUGUGAGGACUCACCCUCCCGUUCCCCCCACCUGUCUGCCCGCACCCCCGGGGCUUCCACCCCUGCCCCCGCCACUGCCCCCUACACCCUACCUGGCACCCCUACCCUGAUGGAGGAGCAUUCAUCCCACCUCAAGACUCCAGAUAACAUGGGGUUGCGUCGCGGCUCCCCACAGGCAGUGAGGAGAGACAUAGGCCUGGCCGUCACCCACAGGUUUUCCACCAAGUCGUGGCUGUCCCAGACGUGUCAGGUGUGUCAGAAGAACAUGAUGUUUGGGGUGAAGUGUAAACACUGCAGGUUAAAGUGCCAUAAUAAGUGUACUAAAGAAUCUCCCUCCUGCAGAAUCUCCUUUCUGCCAAUCACCAAAAUCCGGAGGACUGAGUCUGUGCCGUCUGACAUCAACAACCCUGUGGACCGGCCAUUAGAAGCACCACAAUUUGGCACACUACCAAAAGCCAUCACCAAAAAGGAUCACCCUCCUGUGCUGAACCAGUUGGACUCCAGCAGUAACCCGUCCUCCACAACCUCCUCCACACCCUCCUCCCCUGCCCCCUUCCAGAACCCUCCCAGUGCCACCCCGCCCCCCAACCCCUCGCCCAAGGGCCACCGGGAAAACCGCUUCCACUUCCCAGAUGUGUCCAGUUCCACUACUUUGCACUCUGAAGCCCUCCAAGACACAGUUGAGACUGAACCAGCAGAUGACAUGCACGCUGAACUGGCUGAGGAUGAGGACGGAGAGACACAUGCCCAAAACCAAAAACAUUGGCCAUGCAUGAAUGUCCUACAGGAGGAAGAGGAGGAGGAGGAGGAGGUUGAACCUGAGAUAGACCCAGACCCAGUAGAGGAGGAGGAGGAGGAUGAUGAGGAAGAUGACGAUGGGAGUGAGAUGAAUGGGGGUUCGGACGGUGAGUGUGAUGGUGAUGAGUUGGAUGACCUGCCCAGCUCACGGGGUGGUCGCUGGAAAGGCCCCAUCUCCCGUAAGGCCAGCCAGACCAGCGUCUACCUGCAGGAGUGGGACAUUCCCUUCGAACAGCUGGACCUGGGAGAGCUCAUUGGGAAGGGCCGUUGGGGCAAGGUGCAUAAGGGGCGUUGGCAUGGCGAGGUGGCCAUCCGGCUGCUGGAGAUAGAUGGGAACAACCAGGACCACCUGAAGCUGUUUAAGAAGGAGGUGAUGAACUACAGACAGACCCGUCAUGAGAACGUGGUCCUCUUCAUGGGGGCCUGCAUGGCCCCGCCCCACCUCGCCAUCAUCACUAGUUUCUGUAAAGGGAGGACACUAUAUUCUGUUGUUCGGGACACCAAAAACACACUGGAUAUAAACAAGACGAGGCAAAUCGCUCAAGAAAUUGUAAAGGGAAUGGGCUACCUGCAUGCCAAAGGCAUUGUCCACAAGGACUUGAAGUCAAAGAACGUCUUUCAUGACACCAAUAAAGUGAUUAUUACAGACUUCGGCCUGUUUGGGAUCUCUGGAGUGGUUCAGGAGGGGAGGCGAGACAACGAGCUGAAGCUUCCACAUGGCUGGAUCUGUUACCUGGCGCCAGAGAUCGUACGCAGGAUGAGCCCUGGAAACAAUGAGGACCGCCUGCCCUUCUCCAACGCUGCAGACGUCUACGCCUUUGGCACCAUUUGGUACGAGCUCCAAGCCAGGGACUGGCCUAUCACCAACCAGCCUGUGGAGGCUACCAUCUGGCAGGUGGGGAGCGGUGAGGGCAUCAAGAAGGUCCUGGCAGAGAUCAACCUGGGCAAGGAGGUCACGGAAAUCCUGUCUGCCUGCUGGGCCUACGACCUGAGGGAGCGGCCCACCUUCACCCAACUGGCAGACAUGCUGGAGAAGCUGCCCAAACUCAACCGGAGACUGUCCCACCCUGGACACUUCUGGAAGUCUGCAGAGUACGUAUCCUAGAAGUGGAGGUAUGGGAGUAGGACAUACCUGUCCGCCCUGCCAUGCACUCUGACCCCUGACUGGGUUCUGACUCAUCUGGAAUGGACUUGUGUAUGAAACAAAGGGGUUCAGCUGAAGGCAUGACUCCCAGAUUGCUGUGCGGUAUUAGGGCCACUGAUGUCAAACUGAUGGGGACUAGGCAGGGGAUGACUGAGUUGACUCUUGGUAGUAGUUUAUAGUCAUGAGCCACAUACCCUCUUGACGGUCCAUUACAGAUACGUUGACCACUGUAAUAUGAGUGACUGUGGUUUCUAAUGGUGAAGUAUUUAGAAAUGAACCAUUAUAUGUGACGCUAAGGGAAUUUUCUGUUUUAUCUUCUGUUUCCCAAACUUUCUCCUCCAGGAUGUGACUGUGAGUGCACUUUUCUGUUUAAAAGCAUUGUUUUGUCCCUCCCUUUCCUGGACUUUUUCCUGCCCUGCUCUGUACCCAUACACCUCCCCACCCCUUUCUUCUCAUAUGUUAGGUGUACAGUACCUGGUCCAGAUUUGUCUCUCCACCUUCACUCAUCUCCUGCCAUCUCUCUCCUGCUCGCACUCUGUAACUUCCUCAUUCACUACAUACUGCACGUCUGUCACUCAAAGGCUCAUGGGGGGAGUCUUCUCUACACAUGAACUACUUGUCCAGUAACAGCCCCUACCAGUUCAACAACUCUCUGCUAGUGGAGCUAGCUACUGGUCUUAUGUUUGUUUUCAAACAAGCUGUCCUUUGCCAACACUAUCAGUAAUGAUGCCACUGAUGCCCCAACAAAUUGUGCCUGCAUAGCAUGCCAGAGCUUGAAUGGGAAGAGAAGCGCUUACCAGCUUGCAUGGUGUUUGCAAUGGUCUGUUGGGACACUGCAUGGGCUUGUAAAUCCUGAAAGAGGUUUUUGUGAUGAGAAGGCUCAUUUGAGAUUCCUGUGGUGCAGAAAUCUGGGCCCUUGUUUCAUGUUGAAGUAUUUACCUGUCUCUUCUACUGUACCGGUCUUCUUCUCAAAUCAUUCUCUUAAUUUUAACCUGUUAUUAUAUUUUCACUAACAGUCUCUAACCUCCAUGUUUCAUUUGUUCUCUCUCUUUCUGUUUUCUCUCUUCCUAAUAUAGGUUGUAGCCGUCACUAUGAAAUAUAAGCAAUGCAAAACAAACAAAGCCUGGGUCUGCCUUGCAUGCUCCUGAAAUCCUUAACUUUUAGGAUUGAUCAAAGCAUUGACUCUGCCUGAUACAGACACUGCUUCCACUAACCCACAGCCUGAUCUUCCAUGUCUAUUAAACUGUAGUGUCUGGUUGUGUGGGAGAGAAGGGUGCUGGACUGAGGAGGCCGCGGGUAGUGCUUCGCUACCUCCCCUCAACUUUCUUUCCUUCGUCUCAAAACAUAUUGCCUUCAUUUUUUUCUACUGUUGCUUUUUGGACUAUCUGAGGCUUGUGAAUAACUGGCUUGUGGUGUCUGUUCUGAGACUGACCGGUGUGCUCUGGUAUGAGCCCGGUAGCUGACGGCUGCUCUGCUGUGCUCUGCUCCGUCUGCAGCUUGCCCUGCUCUCCCUCCUCUCUGUGCUGCUGUGAUGUGGUUCUUCCUACUGGGGGCUCCCAGAUGAUGCGACCCAGACACUUGCUGGACCAAAACAAUGGUUGUAACUCCUAUCCUAAAUGGACCACUGCAUUCACUCCUUCCUCUUUUCUCAUUGUGGUCUUGAAGCUUCGGGCUGCUUGAGUGAUGUAAUCCAACUGCCUCUUGACUCUUACCCUUCAGCUCUCUGCAGUUUUUCAAUGGCAUGCGCUGCGACACUGUCACCGUGCUGCCCUCUGUCUGCCUCCUGCAUACGACCUGUACACAUUAUUUCAACAGGAGAAAAAAUUAUAAGAUACAAACUUUUACCUUUAGUUGUUGGUUCCUAUUUUGAGUAAUCAUUUUCAGUGUUUAUUUUUUUGUUCCAUGAAGUUUGAAAGGACAAAUGUCUCAGGAGUUGCGAGAGCAUGAUUGAAUUGACUCAUGUCUCUGUGUUGCUUGUCUGAGUAGAAUCUGAUGAAACCGUACAUUUGAAAACAGCUCAUUGCAUAAAUGAAGAAUGAAUAUGUUGAAACCACAGCUAAGAGGUGUCAUCAUGCAAUGUGAUCUUCCUCUCAUCUCACUACACACUGGGAAUGGAUUCAUGUUGGUUAUUUAGGACUGAAGGUAUUUGAUAAUGAAGCGAGUGCCCUGAUUAUUAAAAUGCAUAAGAGGGAGCCACGGAGAAGCAGGGAUGCCUUCUCUCUGCCUGGGAGCGCUGUAGAGAGGUAGAUCAAGUAGUAUAGUAGAUUAAUUUACAGCGCCCAAAAAAUAGAACAGGAACCUGGCACAAAAGUGUCCUAUAAUUUACUCCUUAAACAUGACCACUUGUGUGCGCUUGUGUGUAUUCCGUUAGUGGUGGCCAGCUUCAGUUGGUGUGCUUGUAUUUGUGUGUGUUUGUGAGUGUAAGUGAGUGUAUUGUAUUGUAAUAUAUAGGCUUGAUUUAGUGAAAGACUGCAGUAAAUGUAUUGAUGAUAUCAAUGGUAUUGUAACGACCCUGGGUUUAUAAGCGCGGAAAUCGACUCUGCCGCUUGAGCAUGCUUUUGCGGCACAGUUGAUAGCGCGCCGGACUUCGGGCUAGA